UUCGACACUGGCUGGAUGGACCUGGAAGCCUCGCCGCCACUGCUCGCUGGCCCCAACGCCAGCAAUACCUCUGAUGGCCCGGAUAACCUCACCUUGGCCGGGUCCCCUCCUCGCACGGGGAGCAUCUCCUACAUCAACAUCAUCAUGCCUUCCGUGUUCGGCACCAUCUGCCUGCUAGGCAUUGUCGGGAACUCCACGGUCAUCUUCGCGGUCGUGAAGAAGUCCAAGCUGCACUGGUGCAGCAACGUCCCUGACAUCUUCAUCAUCAACCUAUCGGUGGUGGACCUCCUGUUCCUCCUGGGCAUGCCCUUCAUGAUCCACCAGCUCAUGGGCAAUGGGGUCUGGCACUUUGGGGAGACUAUGUGCACCCUCAUCACAGCCAUGGACGCCAACAGUCAGUUCACCAGCACCUACAUCCUGACUGCCAUGGCCAUUGACCGCUAUCUGGCUACCGUCCACCCCAUCUCCUCCACCAAGUUCCGGAAGCCCUCUGUGGCCACCGUGGUGAUCUGCCUGCUGUGGGCCCUCUCCUUCAUCAGCAUCACCCCUGUAUGGCUCUAUGCCAGGCUCAUUCCCUUCCCAGGAGGUGCGGUGGGCUGCGGUAUCCGCCUGCCCAACCCAGACACUGACCUCUACUGGUUCACCCUGUACCAGUUCUUCCUGGCCUUUGCCCUGCCCUUCGUGGUAAUCACAGCUGCCUAUGUGCGGAUACUGCAGCGCAUGACGACCUCUGUAGCCCCUGCCUCUCAACGCAGCAUUCGGCUGCGUACGAAGAGAGUGACUCGCACCGCCAUUGCCAUCUGCCUGGUCUUCUUUGUGUGCUGGGCACCCUACUAUGUGCUACAGCUGACCCAGUUGUCCAUUAGCCGCCCGACCCUCACCUUUGUCUACCUGUACAACGCGGCCAUCAGCUUGGGCUAUGCCAACAGCUGCCUCAACCCCUUUGUGUACAUUGUGCUCUGCGAGACUUUCCGCAAACGCUUGGUCCUGUCGGUGAAGCCUGCAGCCCAGGGGCAUCUCCGCACCGUCAGCAACGCUCAGACGGCUGAUGAGGAGAGGACAGAAAGCAAAGGCACCUGACAUGCCCCUGCCACUCUGGACACCUCGUGAGGGCAUCACAGCUAAACCAUGGGGAGAGAUGCUUAAGACCUCUCUGGGGGAACACAGAGAAGCCAGUGGUGAGGGGCAACUAAAUACAUUCCAUGGGGCCCACACAUUGCUGGGGAAGCUUGGAGUCCGGUUUGAAGGCUUCAGACAUCAGAAAUCCCCUUGGGGGAAUAGGAUGAGACCUUUGGGUGAAACAAACCAGGCAAAAAGAAAAUUUUGGUUUGAACAUUCAGUUGAACCCCACAUCUGUAGGCUCCCAGAUAUCCUUUUUCCAAGGAAAAAAAGUGAGAAGCUUCCUGGUUGGAUUGUUUAAAAUCAGGCGGGGCCAGAAGGGAAAUCCAGGACCACUUGGCACCGGGGCCUGGGGAGACGGGAAAGGUGGUAAGGCAUGAACGCUCUUUCCAUCUCUUCUGUGAUGCAAGGCAGGCUUCUCCCAAGCUGGUGGAUGAUGAAAAAUGAAGCAUGCCACGACUCCAUGUUCCAGCAUCCUGUGUCGAUGUCCCUUUCUUUCCAGGGGAUGCAUGUUUAAUUUGGAGGAUGAGGGUUCUGAGAGAACGAAAGCCCAAUGUGCCAGAGGAUCUUCCUAAGAAUGACAAGGUGGCCUGUCCUUGGGUAGGUUGGGGUGGGAGUCUUGAAACAAAUAAUAAUGGGGUUGGGGGCUUUUGUAGCAGAGGGGACAGUCUUUUCAUGGGGUGCAUUUGCUGUCAGCCUCACUGUCAGCUGCUGAUGCAGUGUGGUUGUCCAUGUGUUCCAAAAGCGCAGGGGUCAUCCCUGCCUGAUGUGUUGGCAUCAUCUCACUCUGGCCCUUUCUCUUCAAAAUAAAAACGAAUAAAGGAAAAUCUUCA